AUGCGGCCACCACCCAGCUCGACAAGACUACUACGGAGAGCCCUCUCCAUCGUCGUGCUCGUCGCCUGCGCGGCCGGCGCAAGCGCCGACGCCGUCGACGACCGUCUCGCGGCCAUGUCCAUCAAGGAGCUCCGCCAUCUCGCGCGCAACCUCGGCGCCGCCGACGAGAUGCCGCGCGGCGUCGUCGAGAAGGGCGAGGUCGUCGCCGCGCUGGCGCCGAUCCUCCGCUACGAGGAGGCGAGGCGGCGGGAGAAGGACCGCCGCGGCUGGUUCUCGUUCGCGCUCAAAUACGGCCUCAUCGCCGCCGCGGUCUGCCUCUUCUCGCAGCCCCUGCUCGUCGCCACGAGCUCGGGCCGCGCGGCCUUCGCGGCCGAGUACGCCGAGCGCGUGAACUUGGCCGAGUACGCCUGGCGCGCGGGCUCGCCGCGCGCGGCGGCGCUCGUCGUUCUCACGGGUUUGUGCGACGCCGCGACGUACUACCUGCGGCUGAGCGUGCUCGUGUCCUGGGUCGCGCCGGCGAACUCGUGGCUCCGCCGGUUCAUCUCGCCGCUGCCGAGCCUGGCCGUCGACCCGGCGAUGGCCAUGGGCGCGUCGUCGGGCUUCCAGGUCAACCUCGCGCCCAUGCUCGCCAUCUGGGUCCUCGGCUACGCCAAGGGCGCCAUCUCGCGGUCCGUCGGCCGCACCAUGCAGACGGUCCACCAGAGGAACCGCGCGAACCGGAAGAAGCGCAACUAA